CAUAAUUUACCCCAUUAAAAUAAUAUUCAUAUUUGUACAAGAAAUAACUUCAUUUAAACUAUUUUUCUUUUCCUCUAAAACCCCUCUGGUUUUACGCCGGUUGGCAGCAGCAACCGCCCAGCUUAUAUAGCCUGCCACCUGCUCUUUCUUUCUUUCUUUCUCCUUCUUCUUCUUCUUCUCUAUCUUUUUCUGUCUAAAGACUCAGAGUUACUCUCUAUAUCUUUUUAUCCUCUUAUAUAAUCAGCUUUCAAGUAUCAAAUGGGGUAUUUUAAGUGAAAAUAAGGGUAUUGCAAGGGAAAAAGAAAAAAAAAAAAAGGAAUUAUAAUGGCACCAGCGACUACUAACUGGCUUUCUUUUUCACUAUCUCCAAUGGAAAUGUUGAGGUCAUCUACUGAAUCUCAGUUCAUAUCUUAUGAGGGUUCUUCUACUGCUACUCCCUCUCCUCACUAUUUCAUCGAUAACUUCUAUGCUAACGGGUGGGGAAACCCAAAGGAAGCUCAAGGAGCAACAACAAUGGCAGCGGAGACAUCUAUUCUCACAAGUUUUAUAGACCCAGAAACUCAUCAUCAACAAGUACCAAAACUCGAAGACUUUCUCGGUGAUUCAUCGUCGAUCGUUCGAUACUCGGAUAAUAGCCAGACAGAUACACAGGACUCAUCUCUAACUCACAUCUAUGACCAAGGUUCUGCUGCUUACUUCAGCGAGCAACAAGAUCUCAAGGCAAUAGCUGGGUUUCAAGCUUUUUCGACGAAUUCGGGUUCUGAAGUUGAUGACUCUGCCUCAAUAGCAAGAACUCACCUUGGCGGUGAGUUUAUGGGUCAUUCGAUCGACUCCAGUGGAAAUGAUCAGUUGGGCGGUUUCUCUAAUUGCACUGCUGCAAAUAAUGCUUUGUCUCUUGCGGUUAAUAAUAAUAAUAAUAAUAAUGGUAAUCAGAGCGCAACAAAUAGUAAGGCUAUUGCUCCUGUUAUUGAAUCUGACUGCCCUAAAAAGAUUGCUGAUACUUUUGGCCAGAGAACUUCAAUUUACAGAGGAGUUACUAGACACAGAUGGACAGGUAGAUAUGAAGCGCAUCUAUGGGAUAACAGCUGUAGAAGAGAGGGUCAGGCCAGAAAAGGGCGUCAAGUAUACUUAGGUGGAUAUGACAAGGAAGAAAAGGCAGCUAGAGCAUAUGACUUGGCAGCUCUGAAAUAUUGGGGUGCCACUGCAACCACCAACUUCCCUGUUACCAAUUAUACCAAAGAAUUGGAUGAGAUGAAAUAUGUGUCCAAGCAGGAAUUUAUUGCCUCUCUGAGGAGGAAAAGUAGUGGGUUUUCAAGGGGAGCCUCCAUCUACAGGGGUGUCACAAGGCAUCAUCAACAGGGUCGUUGGCAAGCAAGAAUAGGUCGUGUUGCUGGAAACAAAGACCUGUACCUCGGCACUUUUGCCACUGAAGAGGAAGCAGCUGAGGCAUAUGACAUAGCAGCAAUAAAGUUUAGGGGUAUGAAUGCAGUGACCAAUUUCGAAAUGAGCCGAUAUGAUGUGGAAGCUAUAAUGAAGAGUGCUCUUCCGAUUGGUGGAGCAGCAAAGCGACUAAAGCUCUCGCUAGAGUCCGAGCAGAAACCAAAUCUGAACCAUGAACAGCAACCUCAAGGAAGCAGCAGCAAUAGCAGCAGCAACAACAUCAGUUUUGCAUCUAUGCCGCCAGUUACAGCUAUCCCAUGUGGUAUUCCUUUUGAAAAUACAACAGCACAGCUCUAUCACCACCACCACCACCACCAUCAUCAGCAUCACAAUCUCUUCCACCACCUUCAAACCACUAACAACAACUUGGGUGGAACUACCGAUAUUUCUUCUGGCUCCACCACUUCAUCAAUGGCAACUACAAUGUCGAUGUUGCCCCAAACAGCUGAGUUCUUUUUAUGGCCUCACCACCAAUCAUAUUGACUACAAAAUGCAAGCAGUUUUGACUUUCCAGAAAUUCGGCUAACCAUGAAGCAACAGGGCCCCUGUUGAUGGCUGACAAAAACUCUAUUUGCUGACCCGUAUUACCCCUUUUAAUGUACCUCCUAUUAACCAUGGCAGGAUUAGGGAAGACAGGAAGUUACCUUUUUUUUUUUUGUCUUGUUUUUCUUUUUGAAUGGCCAAACUUCUGGUUUUAGUUAGUCUAUUAGGAUGCUGGAUUUUGUAAGUAACUUGUCUCAACAUGAGGAAUUAGAGAUGAUUAUGAGACAAAUGUUUGAAUGAUAUAAGGAGCAUCUAUUCUUCA